UCUGAGCACACAUGUAUUUUGGUGUCUGUGGAAAGUCAAGUCUCUAAAAACACUGAGAAAUGACUGUUUGGAGGAAGGAGCUCUCUAGAGGUGGCAUGAGGUCACAUGGGUGGGUCCUAGUUCAGUCUGACUAAGUCAUUAUAAGAAGAGGGAGACAUGUCAGAGUCGAAUGCCCACAAAGGAGAGGCUAGCUAAGGACACAGAGGAUGGCGAGGAAACACAUUUCUGACCUGGAGGCCACCCAGUCUUAAACAGCAAAUGAAUACAAGAAGAAUUAGGGAUUUGUCACGAUGGAAGCCUCUGUCUAUCCCCAUCACCAUUACCAUACAGUUGGUUUAGAGGGACAUCACUGUACAGUGAACAGGUCUCUAGUAAGGCACUUGACAGUGAGAACAAUCAGCCGAGGAAAGGGCUUUCCUGAGAGUAAGAGGGAAACCAACUGCCAAUUAGUGACAAACUGAGCUCAAGGCUAGCCUGAGCUACAGGGUGAGUCACUCACAAAAGUCCAAAAGCCAGGAAUGUAGCUUGGUAUAGAGUAUUUAUCAGGCAUGCUUAUGCCUUUACUCUAAUAACACAAGUGUACACGUGCAUAUGUACACGUAUACACACACACACACACACACACACACACACUCACAGACACACACACCUACACACCUACCUAAAAAUAAAAGCAACCACUACCAACAACAGACUUGCCUAACCCUGAAUGUGAAUCAUCUUCCCUGUAAGGUUUCACUAAGGCUCCUACCAACUGGCCUCCAACAGAGGCUGUAUAGAGUUAGUAAAGGCAAAUAAAUUAAAUUUGCUUUUUAAAGUUAUUUGAAAGAUAAUUUCCAUAGAAACCCGAAGAAAUUUGUGCCAGUGUUGACCCCAAUUCUUUUCAUAUACAACUUGUCGCAAGAAUUCCAGGUAUGGGUUAAGUGCCCAAGGCUGUUCUCUUACUUGCUUGAAUGAACUUAAGAUAAAUGGGCAGAGAUAAGAACGGAGCUUACAGAAACCCUUAAGGGUGAGUUUGGGAGAAGAAAUGAGCUUUCCUCCCAGAAAGUAGUAGGUCAACCAUCUAAUUAGAAAGUUGUACACGGAGACAAAGGACUUUCUAUGUUAUCCCAGCUGGUCUCAAACUCCUGGGCCUAAGCUACCCACCUGCUUUCAUCUUUCCCAAGCAAGGACUACAGACUUGGAGCACUGCUGGGAAUUUAGAAAGUACUGUAUGUAGGUUGUUUUCUGGAGACCUGGGACCUCAGAGAAAGGAAGUGAGCUGGAGAAGUGCCCUGUUGCUUAUGCUGGCUGGAGAAAGUCUCAACUGAAACUGGACAAGGAACUUGGAGUCUGGCAAAAUGUGACAGUGGUAUCCUGGGCCAGAAGAAAAAGAGGGUACAGUUGACACAGUAGGGUGACUCAGGACCUGAAAACUCAGAAGUGGAACUAUGAACGUCUAGAGCCCAGACCUCUGGAGCAUCACAGUCUGCAGUUCACAGCUGAACAUUCUCUCCUCGUGACCCAGGUUCCUAUACUUGCUAUAUCCUGUACUUGUAAUAUCUGCUCAGCUGUGAGCCAGAGGGUGGGUGAGGCUGAGAAAGAAGCAGGCUUUAGAAAUGUCAGACAUCCUCCUGGAGCUGCUCCGUGUCUCCGAGAAGGCUGCUAACAUCGCCAGGGCGUGCAGGCAGCAGGAGACCCUCUUCCAGCUGCUCAUUGAGGAGAAGAAAGGUGCAGAGAAGAACAAGAAGUUUGCUGCAGAUUUCAAGACCCUGGCGGAUGUGCUGGUGCAGGAAGUUAUAAAGCAGAACAUGGAGAACAAGUUUCCAGGCUUGGGGAAAAAAGUUUUUGGAGAAGAAUCCAAUGAGUUUACAAAUGAUUUGGGGGAAAAGAUCACAGUGGAGCUGCAGUCCACGGAGGAGGAGACGGCAGAGCUUCUCAGCAGGGUCCUUAACGGAAACAUGCUGGCAUCGGAAGCGCUGGCUCAGGUGGUUCAUGAGGACGUGGACUUAACUGAUCCCACGCUGGAGUCCCUGGACAUCAGCAUCCCUCACGAGAGUCUUGGGAUUUGGGUGGAUCCCAUUGAUUCAACCUAUCAGUAUAUUAAAGGUUCUGCCAAUGUUAAAUCCAACCAAGGUGUUUUCCCCAGCGGACUUCAGUGCGUGACCAUUUUAAUUGGCGUGUAUGACCUACAGACAGGCCUGCCCCUAAUGGGAGUCAUCAAUCAGCCUUUUGUGUCCCAAAACCUAACUACUUUAAGGUGGAAGGGACAGUGCUACUGGGGCCUUUCGUACAUGGGGACCAACAUCCAUUCCCCGCAGCUCGCCAUCUCUAAAAGCGACAGUGAAACCCAGACUGAAAACUCUGACAGAGAGUUCUCCAGCCCCUUUUCUGCAGUCAUCAGUACCAGCGAAAAAGACACCAUCAAAGCUGCUCUAUCGCGCGUGUGCGGAGGUAGCGUCUUCCCCGCGGCAGGGGCUGGCUACAAGAGCCUCUGUGUAGUUCAGGGCUUGGCUGACAUUUACAUCUUCUCAGAGGACACCACAUACAAGUGGGACUCCUGUGCCGCCCACGCCAUUCUGAGGGCCAUGGGUGGGGGCAUUGUAGACAUGAAAGAGUGCUUAGAGAGAAGUCCAGACACGGGGUUGGAUUUGCCACAGCUGCUGUAUCAUACGGAAAAUAAAGGUGCUUCUGGGGUGGAUCUCUGGGCCAACAAGGGAGGGCUGAUAGCAUACAGGUCCAGGAAUCGGCUGGAUACCUUCCUGAGCCGCCUCAUCCAAAACCUCGGGCCUGAAAAGACACAAACAUAGGACUCUCAUCUCAGGGCCCUUCAGCCGAACUGCAUCUUUUCCUGUUAUCUCUUGAAGAUAGUUUUGUCCCACUUGGUUAAUAUUCACCUUCCUGUUUUGAGGAACAUCUUCUCAUUAUGUGUUCAUGACGUGAAUUUUAGUAAAUUAGUGGCAUUUGUGUCACAGUUAAGUUGGUAUAUGAUAUUGUUAUAUGAACAUUGUGCUGUUAUUGUUGCUUGGAACCCUUCAAUAAAAUACCAAGGGAGGAGCAAAAAUGUA